AUGGUGAGGUUGGUGCUUCUGUGUGCAUUCAUGCGCAUGCCGGGGCGAGGGGUAUUUCUCGUGAAGAUCGGCGAUCAGCAGCUUGGAGCUCAACUAUAUGAAGCUGUCAAGGAGAAGCUUCCCGAAAGCGAUUGCCCCGCAGACACGCUCAAACUUUAUCUCGCACAGGACAGUGAGGGCAAGUGGAUCGAGUGCACUGAUGAAUUGGUAGUGGCCAUAUACCUCUCGAGGGCGGAACGAGCGGGGGUGCUUCAUGUAGCAGUGCUGCUCCCAGAUCAUGUUCGCGAGACAGUGAAGGACACCCACGGUACCAGGCCAAUGAUGCCGAUAUUCGACAACGGAGCCACGUCCAGGUGGUUGGAGAAGUUCAGGGGGCAGCGAGUAUCGACUGAGGACUUGCCUCCUGUCAGCGAGCUCGAACAAUUCCUUCAAGGUCCACUACCUGUAAAGAUUGGGGCACCUGAGGCGCUGCUUGACGUCUGGAUCUGGUCACUCAAAAUCGACACGAAAGUGCUGAACAAGACGUUCGAAAUCUCCAAUUCCGAGCCCUGUGUUGGCUUUCUGGAUCGAGUUUGGCAUCACUCGGCCGAUGUUCCGUCAAUUUCAUCCUGCGACACGAAAUUUGGAUAUAUUUCGCUUUGGGACGGAGCAAUUCACCAUAUCCUCGAGUUCGUCUUGCGUGGCAGCAACAGGUGGAGUAGCCGAUACUCGAUUGAUGGUGUUCCGGACUACACCUUCUUCAUCGACUCCAUUUGCGUGCUUCGAGGUGAAGAAGAGGGUCCAACAGUCCGUCCUGUGGACUCGCUUCCUCGCGCGCCGUUCAAACAGGUUCGAUGGUUUCAUGGCGACGUGCCUUAUUUGUUUGGGUAUGCGGCGGAUCUCCAUUCCAUAAGCUUGUAUGCGCUCACACGCGCAGAGGACGAGUCGAAUGCUAUUCGAACAGUUCGCACUGGAGGAUAUAACCUGCAAAAUCCGCGUUCGCGUUUCCGGUUGCUGCUUGCAGUGCUGAACAUGGCUCGAUUGCUACAAAGCAUCGCGGAUCUGUGUCCUGCAAGCGGGGCUGCUAAAUACGCGGUGCUCCAUCGGCCUGACGACGUAAAAAUCCUGCUCGAGCCCACGCACGUGACCAAGACCUUUCUUUCACAACCUUUCCUACAAGCAGCACUGGUCUACACUGUUCUGGAAGAUCGUGGGGUGCCUGCCACACACUGA